AAUUUGGUAUUAAUUUGAGGAAAAUCGGACCUUUUGCGUUUCUCUUUUAAGUUUGUAGGCGUGGCCUAGACGUCAUUUGACCUUUAACCUUUAAUGAGCUAAACAAGCCGCCAUAACAGAGAGAACACGAAAGCGAAUGCAAGGCCUACAAGUGAAAUCUGCAAGCCAUAUUCACUUCAUGAUCCGUGUGUUUCUCUGAUGUUUGGUGGGGACCAGUCCCUACAUAAUUAUUCCGCCCUACCUAACUCUAGCCUGACAGAGGAGGACAGCAAACUUGACAAUACAGACGCUAACACAGAGGGUCAAGCUGUUUCCAAGAAAAGAAGAAGGAAAACAAAUCUUUGGCUACACAGACCAAAGCAGAGAAAUCCUCGACCGUCAUCUCCAAACGAGGGGCAAUCUGGUAAGGAUAGCAUGUCCGUGAAUGGUUUCAGUACUGAGGAUGACAGUCGUCCGGGACAUGAUCAAAUCUGUUGUCUGAUUGAUAAUAGUGAAAGAUGUAACAACAGUGCAGGAAAUGCAAGCUACAGUAAAAGAAUCCAAAAAACUGUUCAGCAGAGGAAACUCAAGUUGGCAAGAGAUGAUAGGGUCUCACAUAUUUAUAUCUGUGACUAUCAUAAAAACGUUAUUCAGAGCGUGAGGUCCAAGAGGAAGAGGAAGGACAGUGAAGAUGAGAACGGGUCCAUAGAUGGCUCGGAGGAUUUGCCAGAGAUAGACUUUUUUCAAAUGCCAGUGAACACGUUGAGGCGGUACAAAAGGCACUUCAAGUUGCUAACUCGACCAGGAAUGAACAAAGCCCAGUUAGCAGAUCAUGUUGCCAGACAUUUUAAAUCAAUUCCAGUGAUUGAAAAAGAGGCUCUAACCUACUUUAUUUACAUGGCCAAGAACUAUAAGAGCAGAUUUGAUCAGAAACAUUUGGAGCAUUCUAGUUCCUAGAGUUUUGUUUCGUUUUACAAUUCAAAUGAUGAGGAGUGCUAGCUUGAAUGAAGUGGUAGGAGAGUGAAAGUUGUGUCACAAACAAGUUAAAUUGUGUCAAGGUCCCAAGGACCUUGUUUAUCAGUAUCGAUGAACAAUUUUGUGUGGUUUAAUGUUUGUAAGAUUGACUGACUGAUGACCUGGUGCUUGUGUGGUGCUGUAUAAAAAAUGUGAACAUGUGAAUGUAGUAAUAAAUUAGAAAAAGAAGCAAAA